UUCUAUCCAGAAUAGUUAUACGGUGAAGACAGGGAGCGCCCAUUUGUCUUCCUUCCAAACUUCUCCGGUCAACAAGACUCAAGCAUUCUUCGGUCGUUGAAGUUCGAUAUGGCACCCUCAGACGAACUCGAGUAUCUCAAGCACCUCGUAGCGCAGCUCAAUGACAAAAUUCACGCGCUAGAGGCAAAGGCGAAAGCUUCCGUUCCUCCGACUCCUGCUCAACAGCUUAGGACUAUUCUCAUGGGUCCUCCUGGUGCUGGCAAGGGAACGCAAGCCCCACGGAUACGCGACGAGUUCUGCGUCUGUCACCUCGCAACCGGUGACAUGCUCCGCGAGCAAAUAGCCAAGAAAACCGAGUUGGGGAGGAUGGCUAAGAAAGUCAUGGAUGCUGGUGAACUCGUCACGGACGAUAUCAUGGUUAACAUGAUCAAGGACCAGCUUGAGAAUAAUACGGAGUGCAAGAACGGAUUCGUGUUGGACGGCUUCCCGAGGACUGUGCCUCAAGCUGAGAAACUCGAUUCCAUGCUUGAUUCCCGUGGUGAAAAGCUCGACAGCGUUGUCGAGCUUCUCAUUCCCGAUCAACUCCUCAUCUCCCGAAUUACCGGCCGUCUCAUCCACCCGGCCUCAGGACGGACGUAUCACAAAGAAUUCCAUCCGCCUAAAAAACCUAUGACGGACGAUGUCACAGGCGAGCCGCUCAUCCAGCGCUCCGAUGACAAUGUAGAAACGCUGCGCAAGCGUCUUGUCACGUUUCACAAGCAGACUGGUCCUGUCGCAGCGUACUACAAAACAAAGGGCUUGUGGCAUGGUAUCGACGCCGCUCAAAGUCCUAGCGUCGUUUGGGAUAAUCUUCGUCAAGUGUUCCGGGCUCCACCGGCAAAGUCGUAAUAUAUCGCACGCUUCUGGGCUUAACCGGUGACCCUACAUAGACCCGUCGCUUUCGUGCAUAGACUGUUGUACACAGUGCUUUCCAUUUACAUACUUGCGCAUCGUCAAACAGCAUGCAUACAUAGAGCACCAAAUCUGCGAGAU